CUGCCGUCCAAUGAUUUGUGGGAGACAAGUGAAAAGCAUUUUGGGUAACUUUGAAAGAUGGCGGACGACGCUGAGCAGCAACAAACCACCAACACCGUGGAAGAGCCUCUGGAUCUGAUCCGGCUGAGUCUGGAUGAGCGGAUCUAUGUGAAGAUGCGAAACGACAGAGAACUGCGCGGCAGACUGCACGCCUAUGACCAGCACUUGAACAUGAUCCUUGGAGAUGUUGAAGAGACAGUGACGACUGUGGAAAUCGAUGAGGAGACGUAUGAGGAGAUUUAUAAGGUAACUGCAAUUAAAAUUUUAACGUAAGCCAUAAAUCCUAAU